ACUUACUACAUCCUAUGUAGACCCAGCCUUAGAGCCGUGGCACACAAAUGGCCUUAAGCGAUAAGACGUAAGCAAUAAACGAAUUGACCAAUCAUAGUCGAGAAUUAUGGCAACCAUAUUAUAUAUUCUCAACUAUGCUCCAUUGAGUCCUUACCUCGAUCGCCUCGUGCUCGCGCAAUACCGGUCUACGCGGUGCUCUUGUAGGUUAGGUUAACGUUGCUCGACGGCACGCUCGUCACGUUUAGCAUUAUUUCGAUCAGUGCUACCCGAUUGCGCAAAUAAUCGCAGUAUGGUCGUCUUUACUUGCAACCAUUGCGGCGACCCGUUGAAAAAGCCCAAAGUGGCUGUGCAUUAUCAACAAAAGUGCCGGAAUGCACCACCUUUCGUAACCUGCGUGGACUGCCUGAAGGAUUUUCGAGGUGACGAGUACGUCGCGCACACUAAAUGCAUAACCGAGGCUGAGAGGUACAACGCCAAGGAUUACGUGCCGAAGCCGAGCGCGAACAAGGGCGAGCGCAAGCAGCAAGAGUGGAUCACCAUCGUUGGCGACUUGCUGAACGGGACAGCGGAUCUGUCCAACGCGGAGCGUAAUUUCCUCAACAUUUUGUCCAAGUAUGAGAACGUGCCCAGGAAGAAGGUAAAGUUCCUUAACUUUGUGCGCAACGCGAUGGGCAAUCGUGUGCACGCCACAGUUGUGAACAGUGUCUGGGACAAGAUGGAGAGUAUGCACAGGCAAAGUCAGCAAGCGGCAGCCAAAACUCCGGAGAAGAACAGCGCGCAAAGUUUAGAGCAGAGCAAAUCGGAUGAGGUGGCCCAAAAUACGGAUGUUAACAACUCGAUUGACAAUCAGAAUGUCGCGGAGAAUCAAAAUAAUGAAAAUCUAUGCAAAGAGAAUCAUUCCCCGAGUCGUCAAAAUGGAAGUGACGAAGUGUGCAAGAUGACUAACGGGCAUCUGCACGAAAGGCGAGAUAAAUCUAAAAAGCGGCGGUUAGACCCGGCCGGUGUUCAAUUGGCGGAGGAGGGUCAGACUGCUGCAAAGAUUAGGAAACAACCCGGUUCAGAAACGGGCGAUAGUGGAAACGACGUCGCUAAGUUUCAAUGGAAGCAGACUAUCCUAGACAUUUUGCGGGCCAGGGGUGAAAUGUCUUUAAGGAAAUUACAAAAUAAAGUUAUGAACAAGUGUAUAUAUUACGUUUUUAGCUUAAACGACAAUACCUUUAAAUUGACUGAAUACACAAAAGCUGUGGAGAAGUUUAACAAGGCGGUGAACAAGUUGAAAGGAUGCGUAAUACAUGUUUCAGGAAAUAAAGUAAGGCUAGACAAAUAAAUCUAUGCGUUUUAUCGUACAAAAUCAAGUCCGAGAGGAAUGCAAGGUAAAAAUGUUACGUGAUAAAAAGGCAUUUUGACUAAUUGACUGUUUUUAUAAAAUCACAAAUCAUUUGUAAUAAAAGUGUAUGAAAUAACUUGGUAAUAAAAUACUUAUUAUUUCAUUUAUUAUAUAAAAGCCUA